CACCUUGGUAAUUCUGUAUAGCGAAAUCCCCAUUUUGCCCUCCCAUUUCUCUUGAAAAUUCCACCAUAUCUCCCGUACCUCCGCCAUUCCCAUCACAGCAUAGUGUAGUGGUGAUUAGUUGAAGCCUCACAGGACUAACCAACCGAUCGACAAGAAGAUGGGGACCCUAGGCAGAGCUAUAUACUCCGUCGGAUUCUGGAUUCGCGAGACCGGCCAGGCCCUCGAUCGUCUCGGCUGCCGCCUCCAGGGCAACUAUUACUUCCAAGAACAAUUGUCUAGACAUCGAACACUCAUGAACGUAUUUGAUAAAGCUCCUGUGGUUGAUAAGGAUGCAUUUGUGGCUCCCAGUGCGUCUAUCAUUGGGGAUGUUCAAGUCGGAAGAGCAGCAUCUAUUUGGUAUGGUUGUGUUUUGAGAGGUGAUGUGAACAGCAUUAGCAUUGGGUGUGGAACUAAUAUACAAGACAACACCCUUGUGCACGUAGCUAAAUCCAAUCUAAGUGGGAAGGUGCUACCAACUAUAGUUGGGGACAAUGUUACCGUAGGCCAUAGCGCUGUUUUACAUGGCUGUACUGUGGAGGAUGAGGCUUUUGUUGGUAUGGGAGCAACACUUCUUGAUGGUGUUGUUGUAGAGAAACACGCCAUGGUUGCUGCUGGAGCCCUUGUAAGACAGAAUACAAAGAUCCCUGCUGGAGAGGUGUGGGGAGGCAAUCCAGCAAAGUUUCUGAGAAAGCUAACUGAUGAAGAGAGAGCCUUUAUUGCACAAUCAGCUACCAAUUAUUCCAAUCUUGCACAGGUUCACGCAACUGAGAAUGCUAAGCCUUUCGAUGAGAUAGAAUUUGAGAAGGUGUUGCGUAAGAAGUUUGCUCGUCGGGAUGAAGAGUAUGACUCAAUGCUGGGUGUUGUUCGUGAAACUCCCCCUGAACUUAUCCUUCCCGAUAAUGUCCUACCAGAUAAAGCACCCAAAGCAACUUAAGAUUUUUUCAUGAGGUAUUGUUUCUUAAGAUUCAAAGCUUGAGAGUUGACUUUCAAGAUUUUUUUUUUUUUUUUUUUUUUUUUUUUUUUUUUUGUGCUAAUACAUGAAGGGACCACUUUCUUUCCUAGUUCCAAUAAUACCAAACAUGUUUAGGGCAGAUAAGUGGCUCCUUUUUAGCUUAUGGCUCCGCUGAAUUUGUGGUCGUUUGGACACUACAUUCUUCCAUAAAGAGAAGUUAAUGUCAUAAAGGAGGGUUAACUUUGAUGAUCAUCUGAUCCUUGUAACAAGAUGUUUUCUGCUUGAUGUGAUUUUGUAAUCUGUAUUUUUGGUAUCCAGUCAAAAAUCAGAGAUGACAGAGUAAUUAGUUCUUUUCAACAGUACAAUUUUUCUUCUAUUGUGCUUAC